CGUUGAAUGGCGCAGCGUCUAGCAUUGGCCAUCCUGUCGUUGUGGCAAGCGGUCCUGCCAACAUCCUGCCACUCAUAUCCUGUCACUCUCACACGGCGGUUGCGAGCGUUUUCGAUACGGAUUCCGAUUUGGAUUCUGAUACGGUUUAUGUUUCUUGUUUUUACCUUCGCGCGGUGUGUGGGCCAGCACAAAAUGAGAUUCAGUUGUCUGCAAUUUGAAUAGACUGCCUUUGCGCAUAGAUAUCAAAAUUGUUUUGAAACGAAACUCAGUGAAUUCGCUUAUUGCGCCUUUGGUGUUAAAUUCAUUCCUGGAUUUGCAUAUGCCAAGAGUGUUUGAAUAUUGAUGAGUUGUGCCCAGGGAGAUGAUUAAUUAUCCCGAUUUAGUGUAAACACAAACAAUAAAAUUCGUUUUGAAAACAAUUGAUUCCUGUGAAAUAGAAGUUCUUCAAAUCAAGAAUAAGAAGGGAAUCCAACUCAUCGGCAAGAUGGUUAUGGUUAGUUCCGCGGUUCUGGGGGCCGCAGCCGGAACAGGACUGGCCCUGAUCCUGGCCGUGACCAUCGUCAUGUAUCGCUACUACCUCCUGCGUAAGCGUGGCAAGGAGUGGGACGAGCUGGACCGCUGGGAGGAGACCCGCAUUAUGCGGAAGCUGCAGAUGAAGGAGGUGGCCAUUGCCAAGGAGUGCCAGCCCAUCCAGCCGGCCAGCCAGCUGCAUGGAAUGCACGGCGGCAUGGGGCUCAACCAUCACCACAUGGGCACGGUUUCGGCCACCGGCACGGACAUCUUGCGCGGACCCGCCGAAGUUUUCCACAGUCCGCUCCACUUGCACCACCAGAGCCGCUCCUUUCCGCCGCGCCUCCAGCGCACGCCGUCCAUCUCCAGCCAGAGCAGCGUGGACAGCGCCCCCUCCAGGAAUUCGGGUCAUCGAGGCUCGUCGCCACAGAUAAGGACUUUCGGACCGGACGGACGCAGCUCGCUGCCAAGUGAGCCCGGAUUUCCGCACCAUUUGGCCAGGUCACCCAGUCCCAUGCGAACUAUUUCUUUGGAUGCGCGCUGCGGCAGUCCCGCCCACGCGGCGGAUCCCGGGGAUCUGAGGACGCCCAGUCCCUCGCAGAGCAGCUUGGCCUCCUUGGCCGGAGGAUCGGCCAUGGGAGGCAGCAGUUCCGGAAAGGGCGUGGCCGGCGGUCGCUGCCUUUCGCCGCUGCUGAUACCGCCUAGAUCCCAGCCCGGCGUGGAUCCCGCAAUGGGUCCCGCCUCGCCACUGGGCGCCCUCCAGCCGGAUCUCUAUCGAAUGCCGGACGGACCCGUUUACCUGACUGCUCCGGAGUCCAGUCACGCCGUGGGUCGUCUGCAUCUGCGGGUCAAGUACGACUAUCACCUGUUCGACCUGACGGUUCAUCUGAUUGAAGCUCACAACCUGAGUCCCAUCGAAGAGGGCGGAUUCCGGGAUCCCUAUGUGCGCCUGAUGCUGCAACCGGAAGUGGACAGCCGGAAGCGGCAGACCCACAUUCACCGGGGCGAGUCCAAUCCCUACUUCGACCAGCACUUCAAGUUCCCGGUUUCCCGGGAUCAGCUCCAGGGCAAGGAGCUGAUCCUCCAGGUGCUCGACUACGAUCGCUAUUCGCACAACGACAUCAUCGGCGAGGUGCGCAUCUCUGUGGAUGGGCUGGAUCUGUCCAAGUCAGUGGAGAUCUGGGGCGACCUGCUGCGCACCAAGAAACCCAAGGAGGAUCGACCGGAACUGCUGUGCUCCUUGAACUACUUGCCGCAGGCCGAGCGAUUGACUGUGGUCAUCAUGAAGGCUAGGAACUUGGAUACUCUGCAGGAACCAUAUGUCAAGAUUUACCUGAUUCAAAACGGCAAGCGCAUCAAGAAAAAGAAGACCAGCAUUACGAAGUCGGACGAUCCCACCAAUCCCAUCUGGAACGAGGCGUUCACCUUUAAUUUGCAAUCAAAUUAUCUCCACAAUGCAGCCAUCGAGAUCUAUGUGGUGGGCGCCGGGAGCGAGGCCACGGAAAUCGGAUGCUGCGGACUGGGGCCCCAGGAAAGUGGAACUGGAUGCCAGCACUGGCACGACAUGAUUAACAAUGCCCGCAAGCCCACGGCCAUGUGGCACUAUAUCCGCUAGGGCCGUGCAGAGUGAAUUAUGGAUUGUGGAUUGUGAAUUAUGAUUUAUGAAUUAUGAUUUGCCCAAAACACAUGCAAUUGCUCCUCUCAUUGCGUCUAUAUAGGUGUACUACUAACGUAACCGUGUCUGUGUGAAUUUUCCAAUUGCAUUUUUGGGCGGCUCGCCGCCCCCAGCUUAUAAUGUUCUACGAAAUCAAAAUCUCAUCUAUAUAUAUAUGAAUGUACAAUACAUACUAAUGCAGCUAA